AUGCUACGUGGUGGCUGCGGACGCCUGCCUCUAUGCGAACGCUCGGCAACAAUCGCAGAAGUGGAAUCGCCUCGAGGCGAUUUUCCCCUCAUCGAUGACGAGCUCACAUCUCCUCGCAAACUCGCAGCACGACAGAGAACCCCGCUCACCGUCGAACAGGCAGCAGAACUGGACGCACUAAUCCCCGCAGGCGGUGUUGUAAAAACCAUGAUUAAGCAGAUU